UCCACUAAGUUUAGUGCGUUCUCCAAUUGGACUCUCCAGGAAAAGUAAUGGAAAUGGGGGAAAUGGGGGUUAGAUCAGGUUGCCACUAGGCUCAAGUCAGCGACUUCAACUCCAUUCUAGGCCAAAGUAACCUCUAUCUAUUAAUUGAAAACAGAUUAUUACAAGUAGAAACGUUAACAGACAUGGCCUUAGAAAUUUGAACCAAAUGAUCAAAUAAUCCCACCAUCCAAAAUGCUCUCCAUCUUUCUCAAUCUCUUAGUGUUCUCUCUUUCCUUCCAAGGAAGCAAUUCUAUUAGUCCCUUAUUUCGUUUCUGUUUUAACCGCGAAAAUUACACUGAUCCUAGCCCUUAUGCUACAAACUUAAACCAGUUGUUUGACCUGCUACACACCAAAGUGCCUCCUACUGGUUAUGGAUAUGGUUCCAUUGGCCAAGGCAUGGACCAAGUGAACGGUCUAGCCUUGUGUCGCGGUGACGUCAACGCCACAAACUGCAUGGCUUGUGUCAAUGAAGCAACCAAAAAGCUUCAAGAGAGGUGCUCAAAGAAGAAGGGGGCAAUAGUAUGGUACGAUUACUGCCUUCUCAAGUACUCAAAUGAAUACUUCUUUGGUGAAAUUGAUGAGAAGAACAAGUUCUAUAUGGUUAACAUAUACGACGUGGAUGACCCCUCUACUUUCAGUGAUAAAGUCAAUGAGUUGUUAAGUGGUUUGUCUUAUAAUGCUUCUCAAACUCCCAUGUUGUAUGCCGUAGGGGAAUUGCAACUCCAAGAGUCAAAAACGUUGUACGGUUUGGCUCAGUGUACAAGGGACCUCCUUGGCCCUGGUUGUAAGAAGUGUCUUGAUGAUGCUAUUAGUGAUCUUCCAAAUUGUUGUGACGGAAAGCAAGGUGCACGGGUUGUGGGUGGGAGCUGCUAUGUUAGAUAUGAACUAUACCCUAUUGUUGAGGACCCCUAGACCAUAUAACUUUUGCAGUUUCUGCUACAUCAAAUUAUGUUAUGUAUGCUAUACUACUUGAUAGUUAAUAAAUGUUCAUGUGGACUCGGAAGCAGCCCAAUGGAGAUUACUUAUCGUAAA